AUGACGUCAUAUUCGAAGGGUAAACGUUUCCAACAUGAUGAGAUGCUGGUUUCAGAAGUCCAAGAAGCCACAGACGUCCAAGAAGGACACAGACGUUCAAGAAGGACACAGACGUCCAAGAAGGCCACAGACGUCCAAGAAGGCCACAGACGUACAAGAAGGCCACAGACAUCCAAGAAGGACACAGACGUCCAAGGAGGCCACAGACCGUCCGAAGAGUCCACAGACCGUCCGGCGAAGCCACAGACCGUCCGAGGAAGCCACAGACCGUCCGAAGAGUCCACAGACCGUCCGGGGAAGCCACAGACCGUCCGGGGAAGCCACAGACCGUCCGGGGAAGCCACAGACCGUCCUAGGAAGCCACAGACCGUCCUAGGAAGCCACAGACCAUCCGAGGAAGCCACAGACCGUCCUAGGAAGCCACAGACAGUCCUAAGAAGCCACAGACCGUCCUAG